AUGAUUACUAGGAGGAUUAUUUUCGUCACAUUUUUGAUAUUUUUGAAUGGUGUUCUUGCUUCACCACCAAUGUGUCAUUGUCCAAAUGGGCAGAUUGGAAGUGAGUUCAAAAAUUAUUAUUUCAUUUAAAACCGUACAAUUUUCUAUUUUUUGUAAUUGCAAAUUCCAAAAAUUACAGUUCAAAAAAUUGUAUUUUUUAGUGCAAUGUCCUAGCCCAAUCAACCUAAACUGUCCACCAUCCGCACCUUGUCCAAGUCCUCCACCUUGCAACAUGUUCGGCAAUUUCCCAACUCUUCCAACACUUCCGCCACACAACUUCCAAACUUUGGCACCAUUCACCCUUGCGCCAGUCAAUGGGCAAACUUAUGCAACGCUUCCCCCUGCAAUUCCACCGCCUGCAAAUGGUCAAGAGACACUUCUUGGAAUCAACAAUCAACCACCUCCGCCACCACCACCAGUGCAAUAUGAUCAACAACAAGUUCAGUAUAAUCAACAAGUAUCAGCGUCUCAACAAUACGCCGAAGCUCCACAAGCAGUUCAAGCUACUCAGCCACCAGUUUUCAUUCAAGAUGCAGUUACAACAACAUUCCGCCCAGCUACUUUGCCAAGUGAAACUUAUGUUGAACUCGAAAAUCCAGAAACUGCGCCAAAUGCUCGUCCGCCACCAGUUCUUCAAAACGUUGUUGAUCAUGUUUUCGAAUCAGAACCUAACCGUGAGUCCCUCAUGUUUUCCUGUCUAUAAAAACAAGCUUUGAUGUUUCAGAAGGAUAUCGUCGCCCAGGUGGUGUAGUUCGUCGACAAGUUCCACCAUUGAAUGAAAAGUGUAACGAUGAUAGAUUGAGAAGAAUUAUUGAAGAAAACGUGGAUGAUAAUCCAUCAACAUCCAAAAGAAAGAUUCAAAAAGCGGCUGCAGAUGAGAUUGGUGGACUUUUCGAUGUAAUUUGUUCGGCUCAUGAUUUCUCUUAUUUGGCAAACACCCAACUUUUCUGUGAAAGUGGAAACGAUGAUGUUACUUGUUUCGCAUUCCUUCAUUCUCUUAUUCAAUAA